CAUCUAUUUGGAGCAAAAGAAGGAGCCUUGGGAUGUGAAGAGAAAGAAGACAGUAGCCAUCCACCGAGAAGUUGUGUGUGUCUGGUUGGGGAGGCGCCCUGAAAGCAGAGAAGGAAAAAUUCAAAGAUUGGUCUCCAAGGAGGAAUUCAUUGUUUCUGAAUAGCUCCUGACACAAAAGGCUAGGAAAUUUGGCCUUUUCUGCAUUUCCAAAUCCUACCUGCAGGCGAGCAGUUUACAGGUGAAGAGGCUCUGUUGGUGGCUUUAAAAGCAUUUUCUCCUGAUGCAGCUGUGAUUUCUCCUGGACUCUCUUCUGAGGAAGAACUCCAAAGGAGGAAGUGAAAGAAGAAAUGGCCAGUUCUCAGGGACUGCUGACAUUCAGGGAUGUGGCCAUCGAAUUCUCCCAGGAGGAGUGGGGAUGCCUGAACCACACUCAGCGGGAAUUGUACAGGGAUGUGAUGUUAGAGAACUACGGACACCUCCUCUUCCUGGGUCUCAUUGUGUCAAAGCCUGAUUUGGUCUCCUUUUUGGAGCAAAAGAAGGACCCUUGGGACGUGAAGAGAAAGAAGACAGUAGCCUUUCAUCCAGGUAGGUGGGAAUGA